AUGCCUGAAUCAACAAAUAUACCCUCACCAAAGAGGCAAAAGGUAUUAGAAUCACAUACCCCCGAACAACAAGAGGAAAAUCGUCGAGAAGACGAUGAAUCCCCAUUAAGGUUUGAACAUCAACAAUCAGCAGUCUCGUUGUCUCCACCAGCAAUUAGUAAAUCACACACACCUCGAAAACUUAUCUUACAUCAAUCAGAUAAUCGAUAUGCCUUUUCACAACCAACAGUCUCCGCAUCUUCGUUACAAGUCCCUAGUUUACAGCCACCAGAAACAUCAUCAUCAUCAUCAAGAGGGCGAAGAGAUAUCAAAGUAUAUUCUCAAUCGCCACCUAGAUCUCCGGGAAGAUCUCCGACUAGAAAAUUGGAAUUGAUCCAAUUAUCUCCAGUGAAAAAUAAUAGGAUCAGAAAAUUACAAGAGUUAUAUAAUUCACAAAUUAAAAAGGAAAGAUUAUUUAUUAACAAAUUGGUAUUAAAUAAUUUCAAGUCGUAUGCCGGUGAGCAAGUAAUUGGACCGUUCAAUACGAAUUUUUCUGCAGUAGUAGGUCCCAAUGGUUCAGGUAAGUCAAAUGUUAUUGAUUCUAUGCUAUUUGUCUUUGGAUUUCGAGCUAAUAAAAUGAGACAGGACAGAUUAUCUGAUUUAAUUCAUAAAUCGGAAUCUUUCCCUAAUUUACCAUCAUGUUCUGUGGACGUUGAGUUCCAAUAUGUCGUAGAUAAAUCGAAUGGAUCAUCUAAAAUCGAUGACAAUAAACCAAAAUUGAUUAUAACAAGGAAGGCAUUUAAAAAUAAUUCUUCGAAAUAUUUUAUUAAUGGGAAAGAAAGUAGUUAUACCGAGGUUACUAAACUUUUAAAGGAGGAAGGAAUCGAUUUAGACCAUAAAAGGUUCUUAAUUUUGCAAGGUGAAGUGGAGAAUAUUGCGCAAAUGAAACCAAAGGCAGAAAGAGAGGGAGAUGAUGGAUUAUUAGAAUAUUUAGAAGAUAUAAUAGGAACAGCAGAUUAUAAAUCAUCGAUUGAAAAGAAUACGAUAGAGGUGGACACACUGAAUGAAAUAUGUAUUGAGAAGGAAAACCGAUUUGAAAUUGUUGAACGUGAGAAAAAUUCAUUAGAAAGUAGUAAAAAUGCAGCACUAGAGUUCGUCAAGAAGGAAAGACGAUUAACAUUAUCCAAAUCGAAACUAUUACAAUAUAAUAUUCUUAAGGAACAUGAAAAACUAGCUUCUACAUUACAGAAACUGUCUGUAUUGCAAGAGGAGUAUCAAAAUGAGUCCACUAAAUUUGAAAAUACUCAAAGAGAAACAAAUAAGUUGGAGGAUAAUUUUAAACAAAUGAAUAAGAAAAUCGUCUCCAUAAAGGAAGAUAUGAAAAAUAAUACUUCAAAAAAGAGGGAGUUACAAAACAAAAAGGCAUCACUCGAAGAAAAAAUUAAAAGUUAUACCAGAAAGAAAGAGAAAGCUUCGAAGUCAAUAGCACAAAGUAAAAAACUAUUAAAGAACUACAGAAACGAAAUUGAAACAUUAAAUGUUGAUCAACAGGAGCGAGAAUCUAAUCUACAAUCUCUGCUUUCAGAAUUGAAAAAGGAAAAGAAUGUUUUAGAAGAGAUAAAGCUGUCAUUGAAAGAUAAAACAACGGACAUUUCAAAUGAAAUUGCACAGCAUGAAAGGGAACUUGAGCCAUGGAAGAAGCAACUUCAAGAAAAAAAAUUGGAAAUUCAGGUCGCUGAGUCCCAAAUUUCAUUAUUACAAGAGAACCAAUCAAAAUUAAAGGAUGAGAUAGAGAAGUUGAAAAAUGAUUUAAAAUGCCAAUUUGAAAACAAAAAAAAUCAAGAAGAGAAGUUGAUUGAUCUUAAAGUACAGUUCUCAGCUAUCUCAACUGAAUUUGACCGUGGUGAAUCUGAAUGUGCUAAUGCCAAGAGCAAAAUAAAAGAUAUGCAACAUGUUCUACAAACGCAACGACAGAAGGUGAUGGACGCAAGAUCUAGGUUAGCAACAGUAGAAAAUAAAAGUAAAGUUUUAAGUGCUCUUCACAAGUUACAGAAGUCUGGUCGUAUAUCAGGCUUCUACGGACGGUUGGGUGAUCUGGGUGUCAUUGACAAUGAGUAUGAUAUUGCUAUAUCAACGGCUUCUGCCAGAUUAGAUGAUAUAGUGGUUGAUUCCGUUGAAUGUGGACAACACUGUAUCGAAUAUCUUCGAAAGAAUAAAUUGGGCUACGCAAGGUUUAUUCUUCUGGAAAAAUUGAGGAAUUUGAUACUAAAAAGAAUACAAACUCCUGAAAACGUGAAGAGGUUAUUUGAUCUGGUUAAACCAGAUAAGGACAUCUUUAUUCCUGCAUUCUAUUCUGUUUUAAGAAAUACCUUGGUCGCAAAAGAUCUAAAGCAAGCCAAUAGAGUUGCAUAUGGUGCAACCCGUUUCAGGGUUGUAACUAUGGAUGGGAAGUUGAUUGAUAUCUCUGGUACUAUUACGGGUGGUGGUAAACAAACGGCACAGGGUUUAAUGAAAUUAAGAAAAAAAGGCCAGGAAAAUAUAGAUAUUUACAGUAACGACGACAUAGAGAAGAUUGAAAAAGAACUUGUCGAAAGAGAAAAUAACUUCAAGUUUGCUAACGAUACCUACUUCGAAAUGGAGCAAGCAUUGCAACGCCUAAAAGAUCGCAAACCUGAGCUGGAACUAGAAAUAUCAAAGUGCUUGAUGGAUACUGAUAUAUCUAGUAAGGAAUUGGAAUCAACUCAAGAUCAACUCAAGCAAAAAAUAACUUUCUAUGAGAGACAUACCCAAAAUAAAGAUGAAGUAGUUGAAAUUGAACACCAAUUGAACCUUCUACAAAAAGAAUAUCAACUAUUAUUAGAUAGUACUAAGAAUAUAAGUGAGAAGAUCGAUAAGCUCAAAAAAAGAAUAAUGGAAAUCGGAGGAAUUGACUUACAAAUGCAAAACUCAAAAGUGAAUUCAAUAAUACAAAAUAUCGAUAUUAUUAAAUCGAAACAGAAGAGAGGCAUUUCUUCUAUGAAGAAAAUAGAGAAUGAAAUAAGGCGAUCUGAAAAGGCUUUAUCAGGCGCAGAGUUAGAUUUUAAAACUUGUUCUAAAGAGAUGGAUUCUUUUUCUCAAGAGAUGGAAAGUGUUGAGCGUUCUUUAGGAAGUAUAGAUGAAACGUUCCUUAAGUUAGAAAAUGAAAACAGUGAACUUGAAAUAGAAUGUUGUAAUUUAAAAGAGAAAAUAAAUGAAGCUGAAAUUGAAGGUACUAAAUUCAAAUCGUAUGAAAUAGAUGUAAAGGAUAGAUUAGAAAAGUUGAACAAUUUAUUAAAACAUAUCAAGAGAGUGAUCAAAGAAUAUGAUGAACAAUUACGUGCUUUAGAGCUGAGAAAUACUACUACUAUUUUUGGCGACGAAGGAGACAAUAAUAGCAUCAAUGGGGUUGAUCGAACUUCACAUGGAGGCGGUGUUCCACUACAGGAUCAGAACAAGGUUGUGCGUGAAAAUAAUAUGCGUAAUGAGAAGAAUUCAACAGAAGCAGAAAUGGAAAUUGACGAUGUGGCGGAUGAGUUUUCCCCAGGAAUCCCCAGGAUCUCAAAGGCGAAACUUUUGCAAAUUGAUGUACAAGCAUUAGAGGCUGAGAUUGGACAACUGGAAGAAUAUGUUGCUAUCACCAACGUUAAUAUAGAUGUUCUGGAAGAAUAUGCGCGGAGACUGGCUGACUACAAUAGUAGAAAAUUGGAUCUAAACCAAGCCGUUGAGAGAAGGGAAGCCCUUAAGAAACUACUUGACGAAUUAAAGAAAAAAAGGUACGACGAGUUUAUGCAAGGCUUUGGUAUUAUAUCUAUGACUCUGAAAGAGAUGUAUCAAAUGAUUACGAUGGGAGGUAAUGCAGAACUCGAGCUGAUUGAUAGUUUAGACCCAUUUUCUGAAGGAGUAACAUUUAGCGUCAUGCCUCCGAAAAAGAGUUGGCGUAACAUUGCAAAUCUUUCUGGUGGAGAAAAGACUCUAAGUUCGUUAGCUCUAGUUUUCGCUCUUCAUAAGUAUAAGCCUACACCACUUUAUGUCAUGGAUGAAAUUGAUGCCGCAUUAGACUUUAGAAAUGUGUCUAUUGUAGCAAAUUACAUCAAAGAACGCACCAAAAAUGCUCAAUUUAUAGUCAUUUCCCUGAGAAAUAACAUGUUUGAGUUGGCGCAGCAAUUGAUAGGAAUAUAUAAACGGGAUAAUAAAACGAAAAGUGCCGCCAUAAGAAACAAAGAUUUCCUAAAAGAAGCUGACAUCGUAUAA